CCCGUGAUUGGUCAGUUGGUGUGCUGCACCGCGCGAGACUGCUGCGCACACAAUAAUGGGCUCUAAAAGGUCGUUGUCUGACACAAAAGAGCUCGCGGAUUUAGCGGCAAAACACGCCAGGAUCAUUGAAUCAGGAUGGACCGGCACUAACGAGCGCACGUUCAUCGCAGUGAAGCCAGACGGAGUUCAGCGCAGGCUGCUCGGUGAAAUCAUCCGCCGCUUCGAGCGCAAGGGUUUCAAACUGGUCGGCAUGAAGCUCCUGCAGGCAUCAGAGGAGGAACUCAGACAGCACUACGGGGACCUGAGGGAGAAGCCUUUCUACAGCGGCUUGGUCAAAUACAUGAGCUCUGGACCCAUUGUUGCAAUGGUAUGGCAAGGGCUGGAUGUGGUAAAGACUGCCAGAAAGAUGCUUGGAGAGACAAACCCAGCAGACUCUCUCCCAGGCACUAUCAGGGGAGACUAUUGUGUUGAAGUGGGCAGGAAUGUGAUUCAUGGCAGUGAUUCAGUUGAAAGUGCUCAGAGAGAGAUUUCACUGUGGUUCAAGCAUCACGAGUUGUUCUGCUGGGAAGAGUGCAUUGAGCCCUGGAUCUAUGCUUGAAACCCAUCAUAUAACACUCACGCAGUCUUCAUUCAAUACAGCUUCAUCUGCUCCUUACAGAGAAAACUGCUUAAGCCAUAAAGUGACCAAAACAAUAAAAAAGGAAAAGCUAGCUAGGUAUGUUGACAGAGUAACCUGCAUCUGUUUGGAUUCCCUGAAAUCCAGUUAUUGGUCAAGCUAUCUGGAAUGUAAUGGUUUUCUUACUGCUUUCUUUGCAAAUAUUUAAUCUUCAGAUAUUCACUUCAUUACUAAUCUUUAGUAGGUUGGUAAGUCAUGCACUACUCGUGAGAUUUUAUUUGAGGUGUUUACAUCCACUUGAAAGAUGUUGUUUACAUUUUUACCUCCAACUUUUGAUAUGAAAAUGCUUCUGGUCAUCUUGAUGCACUCUGUAAAAUACAUGUAUUAAUCAUGACUCAAAAGGAAAGCAAUAAUGAAUGAUAAAGAGCCAGCAUGCUCUGAAAAAAACUGACUUGAAUAUCCCAGCAAUGCUUUGUCGUACUCUAGUGCUUGGAACUCAGCUGACCAAAGGGCGCCUUACUUUACAAAUAAAUUAUUCCUUUGUUCAUUUGUC